CUUGAUUUGUUUCAGUUGUUUUACUCAUUCUUCAAGUCUUUAGUGGGGAAGGAUGUUGUUGUGGAGUUGAAAAAUGACCUCAGUAUAUGUGGCACUCUUCACUCAGUUGACCAAUACCUGAACAUCAAGCUGACAGAUAUCAGUGUCACUGACCCGGACAAAUAUCCUCACAUGCUGUCAGUGAAGAACUGUUUUAUCCGUGGGUCUGUGGUGCGCUAUGUCCAGCUGCCAGCAGACGAGGUGGACACUCAGCUGCUACAAGAUGCUGCCAGGAAAGAAGCUGCAGUCACCACUAGAUAGAUCUAAAUAUAACAUAAUUUAAGCUUUGUGAAUAUCUCUUCAUUUAUUAUAUAAUUUUGUUUUAUAUAAAAACUUACAACUUGGUACGA